UUAUGUUGCUACUACUAGUAAAUUAUCUAAUUUUAAAAUUAGAGAAUAGAUUCAACAGAGCCAUGUUAAUCAUAAGAAGUAUCUUGGCUACCAUUGAAUUUCUGAUUUUAUUUUUCUAUUACUGUUUGGAGGCAUUCAUUUUAAUGUUUUUUGUCUUCAAAAAAAAUGUUGCCGGGAAAAUAGUGCUUGUCACAGGAUCUGCAAAUGGAAUUGGAAGAGAGAUUUCCAUAAAUUUGGCACGUCUUGGUUCCAUCCUCAUUCUCUGGGAUAUUGACGAAGAAGGCAACUGUGAAACAGCAGAGCUUGCCAAAGCCAAUGGAGCUCUGGCUGUUUAUACCUACAAGUGUGACCUGCGCAAAAGAGAAGAAAUCUACGCAGUGGCAGAACAGGUCAAAAGGGAAGUGGGUGAUGUAGAUAUCCUAAUCAAUAAUGCAGGUGUCCUGAAAGGAAAGACUUUCCUUGAUCUUCUUGACUCAGAUAUGGAAGAAACAUUAGAAGUGAACACUACUGCUCAUUUCUGGACUUGCAAAGCCUUUCUUCCAGCUAUGAUUGCCCACAACGAAGGUCAUUUGGUUUCUAUUGUUAGUGAUACAGCACUAGCAGGGGGGAAUAAACUAACAGAUUACGCUGCAAGUAAAGCCGCAGCAUUUGGAUUUUUGGAAUCUCUUGCUUUUGAAAUGAGAGCUGCAGGAAAGAAAGGCAUUAAAACCACAAUUGUCUGUCCUUAUUAUGUGGACACAGAAUUAGUUACAGGGGUACAAACAACCCGACCAUUUCUACUUCCUAUCUUCGAUGUAGGCUAUGUUGGGAAGAAGAUUGUGGAUGGUAUUCUGAAAGAGAAACUUUAUGUUGUCAUGCCACCAUAUGCCCGAUUCAUUCUUCUUAAAAUAUUCCUUCCUGAGAAAGCAGUGUUCCUUUUUGCAGAAUAUUUUGGUUUCUUCAAUAAUCUAGAUCACUUCAGAGGUGAAGUUCAAAGAGGACAAGCCACAAAGGACUCAGUAGGAAUUCUUCCUCUUGACAACUGUUCUUCAUCUGGCAUGUUCAAAAGAUUUCUGUCUACACAAGUGCCUUCUUGUAGAGUUUUUGAUACUUUUCAGGAAUUUAAAUCACUUCAAAGGCCAUAUUACAAGAGAACUGAAAACAAAGGACUGAAAUGCUGUACUAUAUUCUAAAUGAGACAUCUUCUUGGUAACUGGGUGGACUUCAUACCUAAGUGAUCUUCUGCUUCAUAUAUUUUUACUAGUUUUUGUCUUUCAUAAACUUCAAAAUUUAGGUACUAUAUUAAAACUGGUAAAAUGGU